AUGAAUGAAAUUCGGGAAGUUGUAAAGACAGAAAAGAACCAUUUUAUUGAAACUGAAGAGGAAGUUGAGGUUGUUGCCAUGGUUUUUGAGGGAAUUGAGAAGGCUGAGAGUGGCGUGAAGACACCUGCAUUAUUAAAACCUAGUGUGAAGACACCUGAAUUACUACAAUUUAUUGUGAAGAGAUCUGAAUUACCACAAUUUAGUUUGAAUACACCUGAAUUAAUACAACUUAGUGUUAAGGCACUUGAAUUACCACAACUUAAUGUGAAUGCACCUGCAUUAAUAAAACCUAGUGUGAAGAUGCCUGAUUUAAUGCAACUUAGUGUGAAGACACCGAAACUUCAAAAAAUUAACAGUCAAAGCUCAAAAGAAUCUUAUUUUGCACUUCCAACAACUUUUCAUCUCAAUACCUCUGCCAACACAAAUUAUCCACAAUGCAAACAAUUAUUUCAGUCAUAA